AACCCGUCACAUAGAAGAAGAACGUAGUUUCCUGUUUGGCCACAGCGGUGGCGGGAGAUUACAGCAUGGCGGUGCAGCCGAAACAAAACCUGUCUAUGGACAGUGCUGGCGAACAUGGCUUUUUAAACUUCAUUUUCUCCAUGCCGGAGAAACCGGACACUACUUUCAGAAUAUUCGACCGUAACGAUUACUACACCGUUCACGGAAAAGAUGCCAUAUUUGCAGCGAAGGAGGUGUUCAAGACGAACGGGGUCAUCAAAUAUUUAGGCUCAGGGAGUCGCAAGUUGGAGAGUGUGUGCCUGAGCAAGCUGAACUUUGAGGCCUUUGUGAAAGACUUGCUGCUGGUGAGGCAGUACAGAGUAGAAGUGUACAAGAACCACAGCAAGAGCAGCAAGGAGCACGACUGGAAGAUCGAGUACAAGGCCUCUCCAGGAAACUUGACUCAGUUUGAGGAGAUUCUGUUUGGCAGUGGAACCGGAGCAGUGGGUUGUGCAGGAGUUGUAGCUGUGCGGUUUACUACAGGAGCUGAUGGUCAGCGUGUGGUUGGGGUCGGCUAUGUGGACGCAGCCCAGAGGACGAUGGGAGUGUGUGAAUUUCCAGAUAACGAGAUCUUUUCCAACCUGGAGUCCCUUCUUGUCCAAAUCAGCCCCAAAGAAUGUCUCUUGGCCCAGGGUGAAUCCAACAGUGACGCCAAUAAACUACGGGAGGUGGUACAGCGUGGCGGCAUGCUGGUCUCUGACAAGAAGAGAUCAGAGUUUAAUAGCAAGGACAUGGUCCAGGACCUCAACAGGCUGCUGCGGGCCAAGAGAGGAGAGACUGUGGCGAGCAACACGCUGCCUGAGCUGGACAAACAGGUGGCUAUGUCGUGCUUGGCUGCAGUGGUGCGUUUUCUUGACCUGCUCUCUGACGAGUCCAACUUCAACUCCUUCAGCCUGACCACACUGGAGCUGGGUCAGUACAUGAGGCUGGACAACGCUGCCGUGAGGGCUCUUAACCUCUUCCAGGGAUCUCCUGAUGACACCAGUGGAGCUCAUUCAUUGGCCGGUCUGUUGAACAAGUGCCGUACACCUCAGGGCCAGCGGCUUGUCAACCAGUGGAUCAAACAACCUCUUAUAGAUGUAACCAAAAUAGAGGAAAGGCUGGACCUGGUGGAGAGUUUCGUGUGUGACUCUGAGCUCAGGCAGAGUUGUCAGGAGGACUUGCUGCGGCGGUUUCCUGAUCUUCACCGUCUGGCCAAGAAGUUCCACCGUCACUCUGCAACGCUGCAGGACUGCUACCGCGUCUACCAGGCUGUGAGCCACGUCCCGGCCCUCGUCAUGGCCCUGGAGAGAUACUCAGGUAGCUACCAGGUUCUGUUGGAGGCGGUAUUCCUUUCUCCUCUCAGAGACCUGCAGACAGACUUUGUUAAGUACCAGGAGAUGAUUGAAACCACACUGGACAUGAACCAGAUUGACCACCAUGAGUUCUUGGUGAAGGCGUCGUUUGAUCCAGUGUUGAGUGAGCUGAGAGAAAAGAUGGACGCGCUGGAAAAGAGCAUGCAGGGGGUGCUGAACAGCGCAGCCAGAGAACUGGGUUUGGACGCUGGAAAGACUGUGAAGCUGGAGUCAAAUGCCAUGCUGGGUUUUUACCUCAGAGUCACAUGCAAAGAGGAGAAGAGUCUGAGGAACAACAAGAAAUUCACCACGCUGGAUGUUCAGAAGAACGGAGUGCGCUUCACAAACGGUAAGCUGAGUUCUCUAAACGAGGACUACGGCAAGAACAAAGAGGAGUAUGAGGAGGCCCAGAAUGCCAUUGUCAAAGAAAUCAUCAACAUUGCUUCAGGUUACGUGGAUCCCCUCCAGGCGCUGAGCGACGUGAUAGCGCAGCUGGACGCGGUGGCCAGUUUUGCUGUGGCGUCUGUCUCUGCUCCUGUGCCGUAUGUCAGGCCCCGGCUGUUGGCGGACGGAUGCAGGCGCAUGGAGCUGCAGCAGGCCAGACAUCCCUGCAUGGAGACGGACGCGGACACUGCCUUCAUACCCAACAACAUCUCUUUCGUCCAGGGAGAGAAGAACUUCUAUAUUAUAACAGGACCAAAUAUGGGCGGCAAGUCGACAUUUAUCCGUCAGGUGGGUGUGAUCGCUCUAAUGGCUCAGAUCGGCUGCUUUGUGCCAUGUGAGAAGGCGGAGCUUAGCGUGAUUGACAGUGUCCUGGCCAGGGUGGGAGCAGGAGACAGCCAGGUCAAAGGAGUGUCCACCUUUAUGUCCGAGAUGCUGGAGACGGCUGCCAUUCUGCGCUCGGCCACGGAGAACUCGCUCAUCAUAAUCGACGAGCUUGGCAGAGGCACGUCCACAUACGAUGGCUUCGGUCUAGCCUGGGGCAUCAGCGAACACAUCGCCUCCAAAAUCAGUUGCUUCUGUCUGUUUGCCACUCACUUCCAUGAGCUGACAGCGCUGGCAGCGCAGCAGCCCACCGUCCACAACCUGCACGUCACAGCCCUGACCUCUCACAACACACUCACCAUGCUGUACAGGGUCAAAUCAGGUGUAUGUGACCAGAGUUUUGGAAUCCACGUUGCUGAGUUGGCAUGCUUCCCGCCAUCGGUGGUUGCCAUGGCCAAGGAGAAGGCAGAGGAGCUGGAGGAGUUCCAAGAACCUGCGGGGGAGUUGGAGGACGAGCCCGAGUCCAAGAGACGACGGACAGACAAACAAGUGGGGGAAAAGCUGAUCCAGGACUUCCUGGAGAAGGCAAAGUCACUCCCUGCUGCCACUAUGAGUGAUGAAGAGGUGAAAGCAGCACUCGUGAGAAUGAAGCAGGAGCUUAUUGCCAAAAACAACCCAUAUAUCAAAGAGCUCCUUUCACGCUGUGUUCCUGCAAAAACACCUUGAUAGUUACUCACAUUUUGUGCUCAUAAACAAAGGUCCAAGUUUAUGUACUGUAAUUAACCACACUAUAGCGCCAAAUUUGUAUAGUUUUUCAAUAAAGGAUUAUUCCUGGA